CGGACUCAGUUUACCUCGCCCUCUUGAAUCAGAGUUGGCCCCGUGUGUUUUCGUCCUACGUUAUUCCCGAUAUUGUGUGUUUUCUCCGGUAAACUCGUCUGAUCUUACCGGACAUGCCGGGUGGCGGGAGUCUCGCGGGCGGCGGCAGCUCGCUGUUCUCCGGGUUUCGGGUUCUGGGUCUUUAUUCCAACCACGUGCCGCACGCGCUCCGUUUCCACCAGAAGCACCGGGAGUUCUACCUGGUGACGGCGGUCGGUAAAUGUCUUCACACGUACAACGUCAACAGGUUGGGGAUCGUUGCCGUCAGUAACAGCCUGCCUGAUGACAUCACCUAUGUGGCUGCAGACAGGAUGUUGGUGUUCGCGGCAGCCGGAAAAGUCGUCAGCGCCUUUGCCCGAAACAAAGAGGUUGUGAUGCGAUACGAGGGUCACAAAUGGGAAGUGCGUCUGCUGCUUCCACUGGGCGAUCACCUGAUCUCUGCUGACUGUGGCGGUGAAGUCAUCGUGUGGGACGUGCAGGGUGGAGACGAAUACCUGCAUCUACAGUUUGACCCAAACACCUUUGACGUGACGGCCAUGAUGCACCCGAGUACAUACCUGAAUAAGAUACUGUUGGGAAGUUCCCAGGGUGCACUGCAGCUGUGGAACAUCAAGACCAGCAAGUUGUUGUACACGUUUCCUGGUUGGUCAGCAGGGGUAACUGUUCUGCAACAGAGUCCAGCAGUGGAUGUUGUCGGUGUCGGCACGGCAACGGGCCGCAUCAUCAUUCACAAUAUCCGCAUGGACGAGACACUGAUGAGCUUCACGCAAGACUGGGGACCAAUCACCUCGCUCGCUUUCAGAACAGACGGUCCUCCCAUCGUCGCGUCUGGAAGUCCUCAAGGCCACAUUGCAUUCUGGAACCUCGAAAACCGUCAGCUGGUCACUCAGCAGAGACACGCCCACAGCACGGCUGUUGCCGCAGCGACCUUCCUGCAGGGAGAGCCACUGAUGGUCACGAAUGGAGCCGACAAUACCAUCAAGGUGUGGAUUUUUGACCAGGAGGGGGACGGAGCCAGAUUGCUUCGCAGUCGUCAAGGUCACAGUGCCCCGCCCACAACCAUCCAUCACCAUGGCAAUGACGGAAAAAACAUCCUCAGCGCAGGUCAAGAUGGGACGUUACAGUCUUUCUCCACUGUCCAUGAGCGUUUCAAUAAGAACCUGGGUCACGGGUCCAUCAAUAAGAAGAAGGAGAAGAAGAAGAAGAAGGGUCUUACAUACAAUGCAUUACGUCUCCCUGCAAUCACCUCGUUUUCCUCUGCUACUGCCCGUCAGUCAGACUGGGACAGCAUCGUUGCGUGCCAUCGUGGUCGCCUUGCAGCUUCAACAUGGAACUACCAGAGGUGCACCAUGGGAGCUCAUCACCUGCUGCCACCGUCCUCUCGCAGGGACACAGUUGCCACGGCAGUCGCCAUCACUUCCUGUGGUAACUUCACCGUGAUUGGCUCGUCAUGCGGACGUGUCGACGUCUAUAACCUACAGUCUGGUCUGCACCGUGGUUGCUAUGGUGACGAUGAAAAAGCUCACAGUGGCGUGGUGCGAGGUGUUGCCACGGAUACGCUGAACCAGCUGACCAUCACCGCCGGCUCCGAUUCGCUGCUCAAGUUCUGGCGCUUCAAGACCAAGAAACAGGAAGUGGAGCUGAAGCUAAAUGCGGCGCCGGCUAACAUGAUGCUACACAGAGACAGCGGGAUGUUAGCAUUAGCCCUGGAUGACUUCACGCUGCAGGUGUUCGACAUAGAGACGAGACGACUCAUUAGGAAGUUUGCAGGUCACCAUGGCAACAUUAACGACAUGACGUUCAGCCCUGAUGGUCGCUGGCUGAUCACCGUGGCAAUGGACUGUACCAUUCGUACGUGGGACCUCCCCUCAGGCUGCCUGGUUGACUGUUUCCUGGUUGCCAUGGCGCCAGUGGGCGUGUCCAUGUCCCCGACUGGAGACUUUCUAGCGACGGCUCACGUUGACAGUCUGGGUCUUUACCUCUGGACCAAUAAGAGCCUAUGUGGGCCCGUGGGGCUCCGCCCCCUCCCGGCUGACUACCAACCAGUUGAAGAGACACUCCCAGGAGUCACGGCGGACGAACAAGAACAGGAAAUGACAUCGGAGGAGACGGACGAUACAUUUAAAUCAGCCGACCAGUUGGGGGCGGAGCUGGUGACUCUGUCACUGCUGCCAGAGUCUCGAUGGAAAAGUCUGCUUCACCUUGACAUCAUUAAGAAAAGGAACAAACCGGCAGCGCCCCCUGUGGCUCCGACCGCAGCUCCCUUUUUCCUGCCCACAAUUCCUGGUCUCACGCCGCAGUUCACAUUGGCCGCAGCAGACGAACAGGAAACACAGUCGAAGGUGCUGAGCUGGGGUUCAAUGUCUCAGAAGACAAAGUUUGCGACCGCCCUGGAGACAGCGAUGGACUCUGGGUCAUUUGAACACCCUCUGCAGCUCCUGAAGGAUUGUGGGCCGUCAGCAGUCUCCAUGGAGCUCAGCGGUCUGGUGUCAGAAGGCAGCGACAGCAGCCUCCUCAUGGCCUUCAUUCUCAUGAUUGACAGCAUGUUGUCGAGUGGGCGGGACUUUGACCUGGCUCACGGUUACCUGGCGCUGUUCCUGAAGCUGCACCUCCGCUCGCUGUCACAGGACCCUAUCGCCAUGGAAACAUUGCACUGCCUGUCGACCCGGCUGGAGGCAGGCUGGGCGGAGCUACGAGCCUCAUUCGACCAAUCACUGUGUCUACUGUCGUACACCAAGAGUGCACUGCUGUGACACGCGCAGUUUUGUUUUCUAAUAAAUUGUUGUUUGACGUC